CACCAAAGAUCCAUCAGCCAUCGAAACGGAAGCCAAGCAAGCAACAGAAUUCAAAACUGAAGAAAAGCGUGUCCAUAAAACAACAAUACAUUACUAGUAAUUGAGAAAGCUAUAUAUUCCAUUAUCACAACAACGCAACGAUAAUAUAGCACCACGAUGAUUCCUACGAGACAGGAAAGCCGAAGGAGCCAGGAGAGUGCUCUGUCUUCUCGAGUAUUUCUUUGUACCAUCAGUGCCAUUUUGAGUCUGAGUUAUUGGAGUGUUCACGUGGAAGCCUUUCAAGUGGCAAUUUUACCCUCUAUUAUUAAAAUACCCUCUCAAUUAUCGUCAUCAUCAUCAUCAUCAUCAGUACUAUUCUCAUCCACCAAGAAACCUCAUGACAUUGUCGAUGCGGAAUUUGAAGUAUCCACUGACACGGACGAUUCUUCCCCUCCACUACCACCAAGUGACGACGACAACUCUGAUCAACAUCAAUCUCUCUUGGACUUGUCAUUAAACUCGGGCGAUCCUCGUUGGAAGCAAGCUCGCAUCCCGUUUGUCGACACGGUCUCGCAAACCGCCAUUGAGGGGACGCUCUCCUUUUUAGUGACGGUCGAUGGCAUUGAAUACGGAAUUGCCACUCCCUGCGAUGCCGCUGCCGCCAUUACGUCGGAAGAUACGGAUGGAACCGUCACGUAUUUGCACCCGGACGACGACGACAAUGCCGAACUAAUGGAAAUCAUGGCGGCGCAACUGGUGGAACACGUGGGUGCUGAUUUGAGUCUGAAACGAACCCCACGCGUCUUGACCAUUACCGGAGAUUUGGACAAGUACACCCAAAAUUUUGCCGACGAAAUUUUGCCACCCCCGCAUCCCACACGCACGCUGCUGGAGGAUGACGACGAUGAAACGGAAUCGUGGUUUCACGAAUUCAUGCGGGCCGAAUUGGGAGAAGAAGAAUACCAGAAAACCAUGAACGAACCGGCCACGGCCGAGAGUAUCGGAGAUGAAUUGAUGGAAUUAUUUGACGUGGCCGGGAUGGGAGAGAGAAGCGAUGAUGUCGCCGGAAUGGAAGCCAUGAUUCAGGACUUGUUGGACGAAGUGGAUCCCUUGGAAUCGGUGGGGAUCAAAGAGGAGGACCAGAAUCCACACGAUGCCUUGAAAUUGGUCAGUUAUCAUUUUGGAAAGGGACGGGCGUACUCGUUGGUGCGAUUGUUGAAACCAUACACCCUUGUCGGGCGAUUGGUACAGACAGACAACAACAAUAUUAGUAGUGACGACCAAGAGGAGAAUUUUCAUUUUGAACUCAUGACCAAAGAAGAAGAGAAACUCGUCAUUCCCAAGGUCGAACAAGUCUGUAUGAAAGAGUUGGAAAGUGCUGGCUUGGACUUGGCACCAUAAUCAAUCAAUCAUGCAACUACAUAAUAAUAUACAAAGAACAACAACAAGGGAUAUUCAAAACGAUAAAGAUCUACAGUCCUCCUGAGUUGUGCGCGAUCUAGUGGCUAGGGCCGGGGAUAAUCAAAAAGAAGGAGGAACAAUCUCAAGUUCCGCAGAUCAAAUAAUCAGUGCUUGUUGAACUCGAGAGAGCUAGGUGUUACGGUAGGUGUUUCUGAUUCAAACUGAAUCUUCCACAACCAUGGAAUCCAUACCCAUUGUCAUGUCAUCAUUGUUCUGAAAUAGCAGUGGAUCCAUACUAUUGCUAUAAAUACCGCUGGUAGUUGUUGGAUACAAGUCCUUCUGCACCACAGUCGACACGAGUCUCCCGAUACACCGUUCCAUCAUUUCUCGUUCGGGUUUACAGACGGUAUCCAAGAGUCGGUGUUUUCUCAUUUCGUGCAAUUCCUCGUCUCCCAAUUCUUUUUGUGCCCAUUGCCAGCAUCCAUUGUAGACUCGCGUGGGACGUGGACAGAGGGCAUGCGAGAGACAAAACUUGUAGUGCCAUGCCGAUGCAAACAGUUCAUUACGCGCCAUUCCAAAGGCUUUUUGGUUCACUUGAUUGUUCUGGUCCAGUUGAUACUGCUUUUGGGCACGGAGGACAAUAUCCUUGCUCGCAAGCACCUUUUGCCAGUAUUUAUCGCAGUCCUUGGUGAUAAGAAAGAGUUGAGGGUUGGCAGUGGUGGGGGAGGAUGAGGAAUCAUCCGGGGUUGUGGUAGCCGGAUCUCUCUGAUGUCUCAUGACCACGCGAAGGGCGCCAGUCUCGGGGAGAGGUGCAGGUGGAGGAGCCAUGGUUCGAGUGAAACGAAAUACUUUAGAAUGAAGCUGAUGGAUGGCAAGAGUGGUACCGGUAGCACUUCGAAGGUGAUGAUCGAGUGAUCGAGUUGAGUUGUGUUAUUGUGUUUAUGUUUUGCAUUGGCUACCAUGCAAUUGGAUCCAGAUCGUUUGAUAAAACAGCAAGGCUGUUAGUAAAAAUUCAGAGAGCUCUGGCUCUGGCACCGAUCUAGUUUUCGCUACCAAGUACCACGGUACUGGUGCUGGUAUGGUACAUGUAUGUGAUAGAAGCAUUGCUGUAUUCUUCUACUGAGAUUUCAUUUUAUUCUCUUGGGAGACUCUUCUCUUGUCUUUCUACUAGAGGUCCCAGGAAAGAAAUCCCUUAGCUGCGGCAAAACUAGCUAGCCCCGAUUUCCAGCACAGAGCAAGUUCGACUCGAGGACUCGGGUACUAGUACAGUAGCUCGCGGCAACCCAGGCUCGGCAACGAGACAGUCCAGCAAUUCGAUGCAACUGGCCAGUUCUACCGUGGUAGAGUUGGAGCUCACUGCAGUCCAUCGUCAUGGGAACAUCGAGCACAAGCCAAUGCAUGCGCAGUAGCUCAAACAGAUCUAACUUACUUCAAGUACAUGUACCAAGAAUGACACCGUUCUUCCUCUUACAGCUUGGUGGAAUAGCGUGGUUGUCACUGUGCCAAAUUUUCAAUACCAUACAUCAUACUAAAGUGAUAGUUUACCUGUUAAAUGUU